UGAUCGCGCGGGGUUGUGCACGGGAAGUGUCAGCGGCGUGGAAGCUAUUUUCGCCCUUCUGUACACUGCUCUCUCUUCUUUUCCUAUUUCCGACGUUUUGUCCGGUGUAAACUAUGAAUUUUGUUGAUGUACAGCCAAAGUCGUUCCUUGAUUAUGCAUGGACAUCGCCCACGCCUCCGGCGAUGAAUGCCCCGAAACCGUCGAAAACGAAUAGAAAACAGAAUCGGUGCUGCGACCAGUGUCGGAGAGGCAAGCGAGCAUGCGAUGCCGCAAUACUGGAAGAUUCAUUACUGGACGCAAGCAACUCCGGAGACCAUCCGAGUGUCUUCCAUUACAGUGAUGUCUAUGGAACUCUAGCCGCGUGCGGAAAUUGUGAGAAAACGAAAAAGAGUUGUACGUUCGAAUGGCUUCGCUCGCAGAGAGUGUUGCAGGCGACACAGCCUCCUCCAAGUAACGCCCCACCGGCAAAACGCCGCCGGACAAGUAGUUCUGCGGUCCCACGCAACACCAAAGGAUCAUCGAGGCAGACGCAACAAGAAAAAAGUUCACGUCAAUCCGACAGCGAUGGGAGCGGGAAUACAGUGAGCCCAGUCCAGCUAGGGGUUAAUUUUGGUGACUUCCCGGGUAUUCCGGAUCUUCAAACGGAACCGGCCUCGGUGGCCGCCUAUCCACCUGAGCAUAGCCUAUGGUACGAUUGGCUGAACAUUCCGGCAAGAACUGGGCUUGAAAGAUUCAGCGAUGUAUUUGACGGUGAUGCCAGUCCGUCAACAGGUAGUUCUGUGCCGGUUUCAUCUCUCGACUCUCCGCGUAAGAGUAUGGAACACGUAACAGAAGGAGAAAAAGAGCCCCCAACUCACGGCGACGUGGAGAGCGGCGGCGAGACAGGACCAAAGAUGGACGGCGCUGUUAUGCGCACGAGCAGAAAACGGAGGCGCCGAAGCCCGUCGGUGUCGCUCUCAAAUGGUGCGCUUCCAUGUCCAGCGAUAUCCUUUGCAGCCGAGUUUGUGACGUCUGCAAACAAAGCGUUUCUGAAAGAAGGGCUGCUGAAGAUAUAUCACGACAGCUUCGAAAAUGCUCUCUCGUGCUGGCUAACCGAGCGGACUUGCCCCUACAGCGCAAAAGCAGAUAUCUCGUUGGCAGAAGAUGGCGGGCCUGAUUGGAAUCGCAUGUAUCAUCGCGUCUUCCGACUCGACCGGUUGGCCUCCUCUAUCAGAGGGCGACAGCUAACCUUUCAAGAGGACAAAACCGUCAGCAAAGCUCUCAAUUCGGCGAUCUUCUCGUUUGCCACGCAGUGGGCCCAGUCAUCAGGACGGAGCAGAGCCAAAUAUCCUUUCGAUCAUGGCCCUGACCCGGGAGUCUUCUCAGGUGAGACCAACGACUCAUCGGGCAGUGGCGUCGAGUUCGACAGGAAACUUCAGAUCACUGCUUGGAAGGAGGCGCGUGUGGCGUUACGAGAUGCCGGAGACAUCGAGUCGUUCAGAUUGGUGCUCGCACAAAUAGUUUUCUCGCUGACGCAAUGCCCGCAUGAUCCCGAUAGCGAGCUUGCAACGGCUAGUGACUCGGAAGAGCCGGCUUCAUAUGUUGGUGAUACUGAAAUGGAAGAGUGCGAGGACCUGAUGUCAAAGCUCAACCUCGCUAUCGAGGCUGAAGACGCCCCCGUCCACUUGGAGAAGGGUGUCCGACUUAUACACGCACUCAGGUCGCGUAUGACGAUGUGUGCCAGCUCACCCGCACUCAAGCCCCGAGUCAACAAACGUAGCCGUCAAUACAAACCGGCUGCCAAUUCUGUUGAUGCUGCCGACCGCGCUACGAUCGACCUGCUGUUCUGGCUUGGAGUCAUGUUGGACACUCUGUCCUCAGCGAUGCACAAACGACCACUCGUCCUGUCAGACGAAGAUAGCAAUGUCUACGCGAUCGAGCCAAGGACGGUAGCAGACCAACCGCGAGAUGUGGGAUCAGUGGUGCCGAGAAGUACUGAAGGCGUCUGGGACCUGCACCUCUUUGCUCACCAGCGGUCUCGACUGCAUCAAAACCUUGUACGAUGGCCGUGCUCAUUCAACGAGGCUGCUGCUCUUCUUUGCGACGCAGCUCCAGUAAAAGUCCUUCUCUUCCGCAAAGUCACACGAAUUCAGACCCUCCUUUCUCGUAACUGCCAUGGUGAGAAAGUCGAACGCUCCAUCAAAGCCGCACUCACUGUAUGCGACCAUUGGGAUAAGCUUUAUGCUCCGUUCAUCCGAGAUUGCGUUCAAUUCCAUGACACGUUGCCGCCUCGUAUUCAAUCGUGGUAUGUCUGUUUGACAGGACAUUGGCAUCUUGCUACACUGCUUUUGGCCGACCUCAUUGAGCUUGUGGACGAUUCUGAUUUCGGGUUGGAAUCACAACAAAUGCUUCGUGCUUCGACUGAUUCCGUCGCUUGCUUUCGCAGGGCCAACUGCCAGGCUCUUUCAAAUCUUGCCCGGUGUUCGUGCCCGCGGGAAAACGCGACAUUUUCUCAAUCUCCAGACUUUCAUUUCGCCGUUAGCCAGGGAGCCUUACUGACAGAGCCGUGGACUGCAGUGUUGAUUCGUGCGUUCGCAAAAGCUGGGGUGAUUUUGCUUGAGACUGAGCAACCGUUCUCUAUAGACUGUGCCACUGGGGGUGACACUGUAUUUGAUCAGGCAGACAAUUGCAUACAAGCCUUGUGGUAUUUGGGGCGGAAGUCUGAUAUGGCAUUGUCGGCCGCAACCAUCCUGGGAAAUGCCCUAAAACAAAAACGAGAGGAGAAGUUCAAGGAGAUGAGUUCCUACCUUGAAGCUGAGACGUGGCACGGCUUUGAUCAGCUGGACGCAUCGGUCAGCUGGGAUUGUUCGUUCUAGUACAGCGAAUAUAUGGCACAGUGUGUGCAAGUUGAACGUUGAAGACUUGAGAACGAAGGAGUGCAAGUGUCGCUACCUAUUCGAGAAUGCCAAGUCACCCUAACGCGCUAGCACCCCGCCGCUUUUUGGAACAUCAACGUACCACCCCUUCCAUAGC